UCUAUCUCUCUCUUUCUCAAAACCACUUGCGCUUAACACAAAAUCUCUCUCUCUCUCUCUCCAAAUUAGGGUUUUCUCCGCACACACUGUCUUCUUCUCAAACCGAUCCAUAAUCUCAAUUCAAUGCCUUUCAAUCCCAUAGGCAAAUUCAACACAGUUUCAAUUCGUUCAGUUACAAACCGAUUUCACAAUUCGAUUUACUUCAUCUGACCCAUAGCUUCGGCUUCCUCCGAUGGCACCUAGCCGGAGAAAAGGAGGCAGUAAAGCAGCGGCCGCCGCUGCCGCCGCUCGUCAAUGGAAAGUUGGCGAUCUAGUUCUUGCUAAAGUUAAAGGCUUCCCUGCAUGGCCUGCCACGGUCAGUGAGCCGGAGAAGUGGGGUUACUCCACUGAUUUGAAGAAAGUGCUUGUUUUCUUUUUUGGAACCCAACAAAUUGCUUUCUGCAAUCCUGCUGAUGUCGAAGCAUUUACUGAGGAGAAAAAACUAUCUCUCGUCAAACGUCAAGGAAAGGGUGCUGACUUUGUUCGUGCUGUGAAGGAGAUUGUCGAUAGUUAUGAGAAAUUAAAGAAAGAGAGACAACUUGGUGAAGCUAACUGUGGUGGCAAUGUUGCUGAUGCAAAUGUUUCAAAGCCAUUCAACUCAUACAACAAGGAUCAGACAGAUGCUCCUGCUUUAUCACCUACUUUACCUAUGAAAUCUUCAAAUUCCGAUAUGGAUAGCCAUGGGUUGGUAUGUCCAGCGGAGGAUGACUCAGCUGCUGUAUUGAAAGAUGAAUCUCAUGAUAACGAGGCAUCAAAGGAGCUUACUGAGAAUGUUGCUUCUGUACAUUCGGCUAAGCCACUUACUUACUCUUCUCGAAAGAGAUCCGCUGCCGAAUUAUGCCCACAGGGCUUCAUAACAGAUAGACAUAUGCCAGUACGAAAGAAUAGAAGUUCAUCACGGGUCCAACCCUUUAUGUUUCCAUGUAAUGACAGUGGAAAGAAUGCUGGCAGCCAAUUAACCAAUGCAGCCCAGGGUGCGUCUGUAAGAAGGAAUAAACGUCUUAGGAAAUCACCUGAUCUUGCUGGUUGUAAUGAUUUUGAUUCAUCUGCUUUGGUCUUGAAUGGUAGCAUGGAGGACAAAGACAACAGCUCUGAAAUUCUCACAAAUGAUUCUGAUGAAUUUAGUUUGAAUGAGGGUAGUGCAAUGGAUUCAAAUUUUAAACACACUGAAACUAGUGAAUGCCCUGAAGAAGUUGAGCUGAACAAAGGUCUUGAUCUUAAAAUAAAGGGUGUGGUCAAUAAGAAGAAAAGAAACCCAAAUAGGAAGAGGGCAACCAAUGAUACUUCCAAGCCAACCAUUAGAGUUGAGGAGGAACUUGGUGUGCGGAAUUCCAGUCAAAGUUCCCAGAACAUUUGCAGAAAUUCCGAAGAGAGAUGCUUUGAGCAAGAUGGAGAUGAACACUUGCCCCUUGUGAAACGAUGGAGAGUCAGAAUGGGUAAAUCAUCUUCCACAGAGGGAGAGCUCAAUAGCAUUCCACAUACUCCAGGGAAAAGCUGUAAGGAAGAUAUUAACUCACCACCGCAGAUGAUAGCUUCCUCCAAUUGUGAGAAUCGAGGCUCUGCUGAUGUAGGCUCAUCUGUCCUGAUUGGCACCAUGGAUAAUGUUUCUCCUUCAAAGAAUUUUACACCAUGUUUUGAAAAUCAGGUUUGUAAUACUAAGAAAGAUCAAACAUUCUGCUCUGUGGACUGCGAAGCUGCUUUACCUCCGUCUAAACGCCUUCACCGUGCUUUAGAAGCCAUGUCAGCUAAUGCUGCUGAAGAAGGUCAAGCUCAUGUAGAAUCAUCAGCCUCAAGAAUGACAUCAAUUGCCACAUGCUGUAUAUCUUCUAUCAAGACAAGUCCAGAUGUGGCGAUUAAUGAUCAUGAAGGUGGUGGUUUAGAGUUGCAAAAGUUUGAUGCCUGUGGUGGUGGUGAUUCUUCUCAUAUAAUUGUGCAUAGUAUAUCAGCUAAUUCAAAUCCGAUGAUUUCAACCGAGAAUAAAUUAUCUAAUCAAGUGGAUGAGCCGUCAACCAGGUUCCAGCCACAAGAAACUGGCAAGAAUGUUCUCCAAUGUGCUGCAGAUCAAAUUGAAGAACUUAGUGAUUUUGUGGUCAGUCACACUGCUAAUGUGGAUUUGAAAACUCAGGUGCAUGGAGAAACUUAUCCAGAUCUUGAUUCAAAAUGUAAUGAAGCUGAAAGCAAUCAAGAUUCACCUGCCCUAUCAUUACCACCAAAUAUUGAAGCCAAUAUUAUAACAUCGAAUCAUUCAAAUACAACAUCCAAUGCAUCAGAGCACAAUAGAAUAAACCUUCAUUCUGUGGCAGAUGUGAUGAAGAAAGAAAUUAUUUCCCCUAAUCUUGAUCCGCCUCGAAAUGAGGUUGUUAUUUCUGAGGGUACGAAGUGCUUGAAGCCAGCAGUAGAUGAUGUCAACAGAGCAAAUGACAUGAGCGAGUUCGUAAAAGAGGUAAAAUGUGAAGGACCGGAGGAGGAUUUGAAUUCUGUUUCAACAUCUGACUGUCUGGGUCAAAAGGCUGUUUCGGGCAUUCGGUCAAGUCCAUCCCUGACAGAUGGGGGAGAUUGCCUUCCACAAGGAUCACCUCCAAACACGUCAAUUUGCAAUGUAUCUACAUCAGACAGUAGUAAUAUCCUUCACAAUGGAAGUUGUAGUCCUGAUGUACAUUUGCACCAGAAACAAACUUUAUCUGGUCCUGUCGAUGAAAGUAAGUAUGGAUCUGAGGCAACUCAACAAUCAAGAUCAAUGGGUAAGUCAUCUGAAGCGGGACGUGCUGCUUUGUUGUACUUUGAAGCAAUGCUUGGGACAUUGAAAAGGACAAAGGAAAGUAUUGGCCGAGCAACACGCAUAGCUAUUGACUGUGCAAAGUUUGGCAUUGCAGAUAAGGUCAUGGAAAUUCUUGCCGAUAAUCUGGAAACUGAAUCAAGUCUGCAUCGGAGGGUGGAUUUGUUUUUUCUUGUUGACUCUAUCGCACAGUUUUCUCGAGGUUUAAAAGGUGAUGUUUGUUUAGUAUAUUCAUCCGCUAUCCAAGCAGUCCUACCUCGACUAUUAUCUGCUGCCGUGCCUACCGGAAAUGCUGCACAGGAGAACCGUAGGCAAUGUCUUAAGGUUUUAAGGCUGUGGUUGGAGAGAAAAAUCCUACCAGAGCCCAUGGUUCGCCAUCAUAUCCGGGAAUUGGAUUUAUAUAGUUCAGUUUCUGCAGGUGUCUAUUCACGACGAUCAUUAAGAACAGAGAGGGCUUUGGAUGACCCUAUAAGAGAAAUGGAGGGUAUGCAUGUUGACGAAUAUGGAAGCAACUCAAGUUUGCAGUUACCUGGAUUUUGCAUGCCUCGAAUGCUUAAAGAUGAAGAUGACAAUGAAGAGAGUGAUUCUGAUGGAGGCAAUUUUGAGGCUGUCACACCUGAGCAUAAUUCUGAAGUACAUGAAAUGACUUCUAUAAUUGAUAAACACAGGCAUAUCUUGGAAGAUGUUGACGGUGAGCUUGAAAUGGAAGAUGUGUCUCCCUCUCGUGAUGUUGAAAUGAAUUCAUUUUCCAAUGUUGAUAGAGGAAAUGCCACACAGUUUGAGAAUAAUAUUCAUCUGCCCUCCGCCCCUCCACAUCAGCUUGUGCCUCAAUCUUCCGUGCCACCACCAUUAGCCCCUCCACCACCACCUCCACCACCACCACCUCCUCCACCACCACUUCCUAUGCCACACCUUGUUUCAUCUACCUCUGAUCCAUGCCGUACUGUAUUUAAUUCUAGAGGUCAUACAGAAUCACAGUGCGUGAAAGACAACCCACUUCAUCCUAUGGAUCGGCCCUUGGCUGCACCGAGGAGUAGCCAACCUAUUAGUAAUGCAGUGCACCAUCAUGCCCCAGAAUAUAGGGAAGCACACAUUUCAGAGUCUGAUCGCUCUUUCAACAGUUUCCCUGUACCGCAUCCAGUAAAUUAUCGACAUUCUGAUGGUGUUACUAUGCAUGAUAGAGGGCACUCUAUAAGGCCGCCUCGCCAUGUGCCGUCGAAUCAGUUUUCUUUUGUUCACGGGGAACAGCAUGCAAGACAUCGAAGGGAGGUUCCACCACCUCCUCCUUACUCCAAUAGGCAACAUUUUGUGGAGAACAUGGAGAGAGAACACUUCUACCAUAAUAAUCACGAAAGAUUAAAACCACCUCCAUAUGAUUAUCGAGAGAGAUGGGAUGUCCCCCCACCUUAUCCCGGUCCUAGGUAUCAUGACGAAGAUAUGCCUUCCCCAUAUGGGUGUCAUCCAUGUGAACCACCUAGAAUACCAGAUCACGGGUGGAGAUUUCCUCCCCGGUCAAUGAAUCACAGGAACUCCAUGCCAUUUAGACCACCCUUUGAAGAUGCAAUUCCAGUUACAAACAGAGGUCCAGGCUUUUGGCGGCCCAGGUAUACAGACUCUUUUCGGCCUGAACUCUGGCUUUGUUUAGGAGGUGUUUAUGGUCCAUCAUUCUAUUUCUUUGAUCCUAAUCCAAAUUACAAGAUCAUGUUCUUGAAGACAGACACAGAAAUGGGUGCUACACAAUCAGUCUUGGAAAAUUCUAUUCAUGAAUACAAAGUCAAGGAUGCAAGGGGCAAAGAAGUGAACCUUGGUAUCUACAGAGGGAAAGUUCUUCUUGUAGUUAAUGUUGCUUCAAAAUGCAACUUUGCAGAUGCCAAUUACACCCAGUUAACUCAGCUUUACACCAAAUACAAGGAGAUAGGUCUUGAGAUAUUGGGAUUUCCAUGCAAUCAAUUUUUAAGGAAAGAACCAGGGACUAGUCAGGAGGCACAAGAUUUUGCCUGUGACAGAUAUAAGGCUGAGUAUCCCAUUUUAGGGAAGAUACGUGUGAAUGGACAAGAUACAGCACCUGUGUAUAAAUACCUGAAAUCACAAAAAUGUGGAAGUUUGGGAUCAAGAAGGAUCAAGUGGAAUUUUACAAAGUUUUUAGUUGAUGAGGAAGGCCGUGUCAUCCAACGUUAUAGUCCAACCACCCAACCAUUAGCCAUUGAAAAUGAUAUCAAGAAAGCACUGAGAGUGGCUAAUUGAGAGACUCUACAACUAUUUCAGUUCAGGCCAUUGCUGGUGUGCUGAAGAUAUAUCUUAUAAUACCUCCGAGAAAAAAAAAUUGUUUUUUUUUUUUUGUUUGUUUAUUGCAUAUAUUCAUGUCUAAAAUUUAAUAUUGUUUGGUUGUAUGAAUAUGUUCUUUUUAUGUUGAAGUUCAUUCCAGUAGGGAAUUGAAAUGGAUUCAAUUUGUUUUUUGUCAACUAAACAUCACCAUAGCCAUGCUUGUUGGUUGCGGUGAUGGAAUCAUUUGUGUUGGCUAAGGUGACAAAUAAAAUGUGUUUCGUUUUCACUUGGGUAAAAUAAUAUUGGAUUUAUUGUAUUAUUCACA